AGCGAUCGAGGCUCAGGCAAGGCUUCCACGUGUUCUCAGGAGCCUCCGCCUCAUAUCUCCAGGCAAAUGUUCGCAAUGAAGAUUGCCACCGGCCUGUUUCUUCUCGUGGCGUCCGCGGAGACCUCCAGGAUUCUCCGCUCCGGGGAACCGAAAGGUGCAGGCAUUCCUGAACCCACGAAAGAGCUGGCGUGUGGCGAGUGCAGCAAGUACGCCGAGUACCUCGACACGAAGGACCCCUGCGUGUGCCAUGCCACUGACGUCAUGAGGACCUUCGCCAACGACGCCACGAAGGAGCUCACCACGGCCAAGGGCUACGGCUUCGAGACAGUCAACACCGGCAAGCAGCAGCUGGCGUUUGGCUGGAUGUGGCAUUGCAGGCCGGUCACUGGCACUGAUGGCGUCUGGCAGAUGUGCUGAGGGGCUGGGAUCUUCCUGCUUGUCUCGGUGCUGCUUCUCUUCCUGCUGCUAUUCCUCUUCCUGAAAUAUGACCUCACUUGCUCCCCUUCUCUGCACCACACCGUCUCCAUCCUUCCGUCUUUCUUUGCGGUAGCUAGGGGGCGCGUGCGUCGUCAACGAGCUGGUGCAGCGUGCCUCAAAAAUGUCAUGGGCUUGCUGCGGUACAUUUACCAGAUCGCGGCAUAAUCAAGACGGUUCAAGUUGUUGAGUUGGGAUUGUGCUGUGGAUGACUGAAUGAAGUGGCGGGAGGCUUCUCACGUGAAAGUCUUGGCCAAAGCGUUGACGUUUCUCACGUAUCCCCACCAGCGCAUCCAGAAGCAAUCGCCAGGCGAGUUGCCCUGAUCAGUGAGGUGGAG